GCCUCCAAAGCCAGCCCGCAGGCUUGAGGGGAAGAGGCCGAGUGCACACUUCUUCCACUCUCGACCCACUCUUCACGCUGCCAUGGGGCCCAGCACUCCACUCCUCCUCUUCUUCCUUUUGUCAUGGUCAGGACCCCUUCGAGGACAGCAGCACCACCUUGUGGAGUACAUGGAACGCCGGCUAGCUGCCUUAGAGGAGCGCCUGGCACAGUGCCAGGACCAGAGCAGUCGGCAUGCUGCCGAGCUGCGGGACUUCAAGAACAAGAUGCUGCCGCUGCUGGAGGUGGCAGAGAAGGAGCGAGAGGCGCUCAGAACCGAGGCUGACACCAUCUCGGGCAGAGUGGACCGUCUGGAGCGGGAGGUUGACUAUUUGGAGACCCAGAACCCAGCUCUGCCCUGUGUGGAGUUUGAUGAGAAGGUGACCGGAGGCCCUGGGACAAAAGGCAAGGGCAGAAGAAACGAGAAGUACGAUAUGGUAACAGACUGUGGCUACACAAUCUCUCAGGUGAGGUCAAUGAAGAUCCUGAAGCGGUUCGGUGGCCCAGCUGGUCUGUGGACCAAGGAUCCAAUGGGCCCAGCAGAGAAGAUCUACGUAUUAGAUGGGACACUGAAUGACACAGCCUUUGUCUUCCCGAGGCUGCGGGACUUCACCCUUGCUAUGGCUGCCCGGAAAGCUUCCCGAGUCCGGGUGCCCUUCCCCUGGGUGGGCACCGGGCAGCUGGUGUACGGUGGCUUUCUGUAUUAUGCCCGGAGGCCUCCCGGAGGGCCUGGAGGUGGUGGGGAGUUGACCACUUUGCAGCUCAUCAAAUUCCACCUGGCCAACCGAACAGUGGUGGACAGCUCAGUGUUCCCAGCAGAGGGGCUGAUCCCUCCGUAUGGGCUGACAGCGGACACCUACAUCGACCUGGCAGCCGAUGAGGAGGGCCUGUGGGCUGUCUAUGCCACCCGGGAGGAUGACAGACACUUGUGUCUGGCUAAGUUAGACCCACAGACACUAGACACAGAGCAGCAGUGGGACACGCCGUGUCCCAGGGAGAAUGCCGAGGCUGCCUUUGUCAUCUGUGGGACCCUCUACGUCGUCUAUAACACGCGCCCUGCCAGUCGGGCCCGCAUCCAGUGCUCCUUUGAUGCCAGUGGCACCCUGAGCCCUGAACGGGCAGCACUGUCUUACUUUCCCCGCCGAUACGGUGCCCAUGCCAGCCUCCGCUAUAACCCCCGGGAGCGCCAGCUCUAUGCCUGGGAUGAUGGCUACCAGAUUGUUUAUAAGCUGGAGAUGAGGAGGAAAGAGGAGGAAGUUUGAGGAGCUGGCCUUGUUUUUGGAGUCCCUCUCACCGCCAUACAUUUCUGUCCCUGCUGGAUUUCCUGCUCCUUGUUCUCCAGAGGUCAGCAGGUCGUGCCUCAAUGUCCCCUAUUUUUUAGCCAAUGGCAUCCAUGUUCUCAUAGCCCCAUUGUUUCAGAUGGAACUCCAGAUGCCAAGGCAUCUUUUUAGAGCUAAAAAUGUCAAAACUCUAAAUGUUCAUUGCUGCUCUCCCACCCCAUGUCAAAGGAUCUCAGGCUCCAGUCAGCCUAGACCCGGAGCACUGCAACCCCAGGGACCCGGCAACGGUGUGUGUUCUUGCCCUCUGUACGACUUCUGGGAGAGCAGAAAGAGACCCAGCACUGCCCUCUCUCUCUCCCCCUCUUCUCCACCUCACUUUGUAUUGCAACAUUUUGCAUUAAAAAGAAAAUCCACUCCUC